AUCAAUGUCUAUCGUGAAAAAACUCUUUGCAGAAGAUUUAAAUAAAAUCGAUUGCAAUUUAGUGCAAUUAUUGCGCAUUAUAGUAUUACUAUUGUAGAGGAACGAUAUCAUGAAAAUGCAAAAGAGAAAAAUAAUUGUGUAUAAAUAAUGUAUCAAGCCGAGGUGUAAUCGAAUGAUUUUUCGAGUUUUGUACGACAGUCGACAUCUGACCAAGAAAAUGAACGUGUUCGAUAAGCAUUAUCACACAUAUCGUACUCUAAUGAAAAUCGUAGGAUUAUGGCCGUAUAAUAAUUCGAUUUAUGUGUGGAUUCAGCGAUUAUGGUUCUUAAUGUUUUUUUUUGGCAAUAUAAUAUUUCAGAUUAUGUCACUUCUAACUUCUGCAAUUACGUUACAAAACUGUGUUUUAAUAUUUUCUACGACAUGUCCACUUAUAAUAGUUUUGUUUCGAUAUAUCGGUUUAAUACUAUUUUUUCCUACGAUAAAACUUUUAUUUCAUCACAUGUGUAUGGAAGAAGCUAUGAUACAAGAUUCAAUCGAAGCACAGAUACGAAGAAAAUAUAUCGAUGAUUCUUGCUAUAUGAUCGACAUUUUUUUCUGGAUGACUUAUGUAGGUAUUGCAUUGUGCAGUAUAUUAUUAUUAUGUCCUAUAACAUUGGAUUUCAUAAUGCCUUUGAACGAAUCUCGUACACGCAUCGUUCAUUAUGUUACAAUAUUUUCUGACAAAAGUAUUAUAUAUAUGGAUAUUCUAUGCUUGAAUUAUAUGCUUCUUGCGAUAUUAGUAAUAUUAUCUGCAACAUGUACCGAAUCAAUACUUGGACUUUAUAGUUAUCACACAAGCAUAAUGUUUAAAAUUAUAGGUCAUCGAAUACAAAAGAUUGUUAAGUAUUUGACUAUGUUUAACCUCUCAUCGAAGCAAAUUGAUUCGAAACUCGCAGAGCUUUAUCGCAUAGUGGACAUUCAUAAUCAAGCUAUCGAACUUGUCGAUAUCAUGAUAAAUAAUUCAGGAAAACAGUUUAUGAUAUCUACUCUUCUAAGUGUGAUUUCAAUGGCGAUAAGCCUGCAUCGAUUAUUAAAUGCAAUUGUAAUUAAGAAGGAUGAAUUAGAAAUUUUAAUAUCCUUUAUAUUUUUUACUACUCAAUUGGUAAUUACGUUCUUGAAUAACAAUUGUAAUCAAAUACUUAUAGACAACAGUCAAGAAUUGUUUAUCGAACUAUAUAUUUCUAUGUGGUAUUUUGUACCAUUAAAAGUACAAAAGAUUUUACUGUUGAUCAUGAUACGAAGCUCAACGGCAUGUAUGAUUAAUAUUUUGGGUGUGUUCACUCCAUGUUAUAUAGGAUUUUCGAAGAUGUUAAGUACGUCAUUUUCAUAUUUUACUUUGAUGCACUCGAUACAAUAGAAUCGACACAAUACAAUAUUUUCAUAGACGUA